CUGUCUAUCGCAGCCUGCGCGUUUUACCCGUUUGCCAUCGAGGUAGGACAGUUUUGUCCCAACCGAAGCGCCCGUGUGCGUGCGUCAAAACUCGUGAUCGAAUGAAUUGCCAACGCAAUUGCUCGGCCAACAAAAUUCCAACCUUCCAGCUCGUUUCCGGCGGUGUUGAUUAUCCGAGAGAGCAGCUCAUUCGAUGUACGUUUCGGCGUGGUGCUAAACUGGUGGCCAAUACGAUUACGCUACGGGCAAGCAAGUGAAAGAAAGGCCGUGGCCGUGUAAUCAUAAGAAGAAGAAAAACCCCCCCGAAAAGAAAAAGGAAGCAGGAAAAAUUUGUUCGUGUGUUUGGGGCGUUAAUGUAAAGUUAUUGCGGUUGUGUUUGAAGUGUGAUAAAUGAAGUAGUUGUGCAAACGAUGCAAGCGAGAUAGCGAAUUAGGCAGUUUGGGGCGCGCGCGUGAACGAGAGAAGAGAGAGGGUGAGAGAAAGAAAGAGAGAGAAGAAGAAAAUGGCAAGGGCGAGUGAUUAAGAGUGCGUGUGUGCAUAAGAGAGAGAGAGAGAGAGAGAGAGAGCGAGAAAGCAAGAGAUAGAGAGAUAGCAGAGCGCGGCAAGCGGAACGGAGUAGGAAGUGAAGGAAAAAGAAGAGGCGGUAAAAGAUUCGGUUGGUGAUCGCGGCUCGCCCCAAAAGUACGUGUUGGAAAAGUGUGCUCCCCCUCCCUCGGUGAACCCCCGUGGCCACGCAUGGUCAGGGUUGGUGCAGAGUUGCUUUGGUGAAAAUGCUGCCGAGCUACCGUGCCCAGUGGAAAAUGUCUGCGGCUACCGUGGAUUGAAGGCCUGCUGCUGCUGCCAGUGUGCCUGCACGCAGAUUUGCGUCCGCCCUGCUGCUGUAAAAUGUACCUGUGCACGCGCCUCAGUUACAGUCGGAACGGGCAUGGCCGGUGGUGAAACGGUGGUGAAAAAACAGGAAAAUAGGCAAAUUGGUGUGAAUCUUCCCCCUCUCCAAUAGCAGGUGCGUGUGUGCGUGAGCGAACGGAGCUGAAGGUGACAGUGGCUGAAACAUUGAUUAACGGGCGUCGAGGUUGACUUCGGCUAGAAAGUGGGUUCACUGUCUUGUCAGGCAGUGUAUGGAGCAAAAAGAAAAGCGAAAAAAGCGGCCUAGUGCAAGUGUGGUUCUGGCUCAGCGAGAUUCGGUCCAGUAGUGCGGCAGGAGUUGCUGCUGGCUGCUACUGGUUGGGUUCCGUGCGCUUCAAUAUCCCACGUUGCGUUCGAAACCACCGACUUGAGGGUGCGAGGAGACGAACCCGACUCGGCAGAGGGCUGGUGGGCUGCCUGCUGCUAAAGGCGUUGGUGGUGGCCGUGCUGGUCGGCAGUGCUGUGACAGCGGCAGGGGGGUGACGGGGGCGAGUCUUGGAGGAGGAAAAUUCUGAGGAAAACAACGACCCGCAGUGCGUCUGCGCGCUUCCGAAUGAGUGAAAAGCGAUGAAGUGAACUGCCCUUCAGUGCCUGCCGCACACAACACAUGCAAUAAUACGCGCACACACACACACACGGGCACACACUCACAGCAUAGAAUCGUUCAUACCUAUACUCCCAAGCUGACACUAGCUGCCACACCGACACACUCACACACAUACACUCGCACAGACUAGCUAACGAGUGUCGGACAGCGCCUUUGCGCGAGGACGCAUCUCAGUGGUUCAAGGGAAGGGGCAGGAAGGCGGCAGGAUAUUCGAAACUUGAUUCAAUCGAUCGUUCAAUUCGAACAGUGCGUGUCGGCGAUGGCAGAGUGCUCCAGUGAAGCGGGUCGGCGCUAUCUUUCACCGCGCUACGUCGGAGGCGCUGCACGGUAGUGCGCUCGCGAGGGGCCGUGGCCGGAAAAUCCCGAGCGUUUCGAGGACCCGUGCGGACGGGUACGCGGUGGGCCCGCGGUACGCGCAGGUUGCCGCGGUGUUACUGACCGGUGCACGGACACCAGCCCGGAUCGGCCCUGGUGCAGUGGGGCGUGGAGUUUGUGUGUGCGUGUGUGGGCUUGUGCGGGGGAGGGGGGAGGAGUGCAGUUCCACGUGCGUGUGUGUCGACGGAUGAUGGAGCCGGGCGUAGCGGUCAUCCCAUCGCCUGCACUGUCGUCGUCGCUGUCGUCCGGACUGCUGUGAGCAUAUUGGGGCGGAUUGGCGUGUGUUUGCGGAACUAGGCGGAAGGAAUUAGCUAAUCACGCGGGGCGACCGCCGUCGUGCACGCCGCACGACCGUCCUCCGGCGACUACAAUUUCCGGUGGGCAGGUGCCGACGGAUGUCGCGUUUAUCGCCAGCGAGUGUCGAUGCAGCGAGGGGGCUCAAAACAGUGCCCCCUAGGUCACUCUUUUGAGGCAUGUCGUAAUGGCAAGGGAGGAGUCUCGUGGCAAGAGGCCUUUAAAAAUCUGGGACAGUUGGCGCAAUGUCCGUAAAGGUCUCGUAGUAGGUAGCUUCGAGGAGCUAAUAGUUAGAGGAAAAGAUAAAUUAGGAGUGCCAGCCUCCGAGCCCGUGCGAUUGGUGUUGGAAUGCGAUGGCACACAGGUGGAGGAUGGCGAGUAUUUCAGGACGUUAGCGAAUAAUACCGUUCUGCUUCUGCUGCGGCAAGGUGAACGUUGGUAUCCUACGGGUGUGGAUGUAAUUAAAGCUGCAAUAUCAGCAAUACCAAAGAUCGUUUGCGAAACUAUACAUGCAUUGGAGCUGCAGGAUGAAACACCCUCCUGGAAGAUUAUGGAUAACAAGGGUCGAGUCACAGUUGUGUUGCAUUGGGAUCAGCGGCAAGGCGGCGGCCAAGGGGGCGGCGGCGGAGGCGGCAGCAGUAGUAGCGGAGGCCCGGGCGGUUCCAGCAUCGGGCUAAGCAACGGUCCGACGUCGGACAAGUUUUCGCCGUCGAAGAAGAGCCUGUCGACGCAGAACUCGAUCGACAAGUCGUCCGUGUCGAGCCAGCCUCGCUUCCCCAGUCCGCAAAUUACCGUGAUCAACCACGAUGAUCCCCAGUCGCAGAUGUACCAUUCGGCCCGGCGGCUGUCCAAGCAGGGCGGCUCGUUCGACAGUGCGGUCGGGGCGGUGCACGUGCACACGCCCGAGUGUGCGCACCACGCGCACAUGCCUACGCGGGCCGGCAGCCCCGGCGCGACCGAGUGUGACUUUCACUGCUGCGCCCUGCACGAGGAGGGGCGCAAGAUUGCGGUGCACAAGAAUGUGGCCACCUCGCCCAUACAGGACGGCUCUGCCAGCCCGCAGCCGCCCCCGAGCAGCCUGUCGGACAGCCGGCGCACCUCCACGACCAAGGGGCACGUGCGCUUCCUGGACAUUGGGCCCGAGCGGGACAGCUCCGAGAGCGAAACGGAGAACACCGUGAUGGAGGACGAGACGGUGACGUCCGAAAAGUUUCUGCUGCUCAUCGACCAGCUGUCCGUCGACCAGAAGCGGCACCUCAGCAUCAAGGACAUCGGCAUCAUACUGGAGCGGCUGAGCUCGAAGAUACUCGACGUCGAGCGGUUGGAUCGCGAGAGCGAGUCCGACGAUUGCUACAACUGGACGAUCAAGGCGACGAUACGCGGGGACGCGCUGCGCGAGCUAGGUGUUAUUUACAAUGGAAACUAUUACGCAAUAUCAGAGCAUCCGGGCUACAAGGAGGAGAACGAGGAGAACGGCGAGGAUGCGGAGGAGGAGGACGAGGAUAGGUUAUAAAAUCCGCAACCUGGUUGCUUGAGCGGGGGCGGCUCGCGGUUGCAGAUAAGCCCUCUGUAAGCCACCGAAUGUUGGUCAAUGCGCCCUGUGUUGGCAGGCCGCGCACCACCUGGUGCCGGCGCGGUGCGCGCCAUUCCUAGUGAUUAUCUUUAUAUUUAGCCGCUAGUAGCAGCGCCACCCAUUUGCCGCACCACCUGGGUCACCUCUGGCCAGGGGAACCACUCCACCCCCCCCCUCCCUCCCUCCCUCCCUCCCUGCCCCCUCCCACGGAGGUAGUGCUAACUGUGCUAGGGCGGGCAAUUGUUUUGGAACGGGGUGGAAUUCAGGGAACGGAAACCCUAAUAUUAGCAUAUUAGCUAUGUUUGUGUGUAUGUGUGUGUGUAUGUGAGUGUGCACGUGUAUGCCGGAGAAUUUUGUACCCUUUGUUCGAGAGAGAGACCGAGUGCGCUACAGGAGGGAAGGGGAUUGUAGGCGGAAGCAGCAAUCACACGGACAGACAAACCACACCUCCUCACGCACACGUAGCAGCAAAACAAACCGAAAAGAAACACAUCCAACUACUGUGUAGCAUUUUGUACGGCGUACGAUUCAUCGUUCAGGAUCGGGCAGGCGAUCGGUUCCUCGAUCCGUAGUCGAUUAGCCAGUCAGUCGCAUAAAACGAGCUAGUUGAGAAGGGGGAGGGGGGACGGCAAACAAGUGCCAAAGGAGAAGUGACUCAUUCAUCACCCCAGUUCGGAAAGCCGGGUGAAACGAAGACACACACACACACGCUCAACAAUUGCAUCAAAUUGCUCCAGUUUAUCCACCAAGUGCAGUUCAAGCUAAAAUGCGCCAGCGAAUGACCUGACUAGGCGACAAAAAACACGAAAAAACUUGGUUAUUCUAGUUCAAAUAAAAAAAAAACAAAUAAUAAUUAAACCCCCUCCCUCUCCAUAAGGAAAAACAAACACGAACGACACACACACACACAAGACAACACAAAACUGGGCUAGCGCCAGAGUGAGAACUCGUUAAUAUAAAGUAAAACUCGAAUAAAAACCUUACAAUGAUAAACAAAGCAAAACAAAAGUAAAGUAAACGACGCACUGCACGCCAUAAUAGCCAAACUAUAAGGCAUCAAACAAAAACAAACUUAAACAAACAAAAAAAAAACAUGAACAUAAUAAAAAAACAACAACCGGCAUGAGUGUAGUAGAAAUGAGAACAAUGUUUUUAAAACGCUGCCAGUUACGAAAGUAAAUUAUAACGAACAAUAGUGACAAACAAAGAUGUCGAAUUGCAAACAAGUGGGAGAGAAAACAAAAAAUGGACGCGAAUAUCAAACACGAUAGACAUUCGUAUCGUUACAAGCAAGCAAAACAAAAAAAAGAAAAUAAAUGCCGAAGGUGGUGUUGUGCAGCAUAGCAAACGAAUAACAGAACACAUUCAAAUGUUAUAAUGAGCUGCAAUCACAAUACAAACGAAUUGGACUUAGAAAAGGUCAGGGUUGACGGAGGGACAAAAACAAAAAAAAUAAACCGCACAUCAUUGUAAUCAUUACCUAGAAAAGAAACUAACGAAAAAGUAUUACUAAGCUGUGGCGAUCGGAGGGGUGGUAGAGUAUAACAUAAAACGAAGCAAUUAAAUUAAAAGGAAGAAGCGAAAGAAAAACAGAACAAAAGUCAAACUUUAAAACUGGCACUGUGAAAGAGAAGAAAACUAAGACAUAAAGAAAAUCCACGAAUCAUACAAACGAAAUAUCGUAAACGGACGUCGUAUGGUCGGGUUAGCUUGUUAUUAAAAACAAACAAAAACCUACAAAAAGUAUAAAUCAUUGGAUUGGACUUGAACCGGGAGCGAUCGUGUAUCGAACACUUGUAGCUGAACGAAGACAUAAAAAAUAAAAUGAGGGUUAUAAAACCAGUGUGCGAAUGCAACAAGAGGACAAUUUCAAGCAAGUAGGGUAAACAGCCGUACUAGACUAGAUUUAUUUGUAAAGUAUAUAGGAAGUGCAAGUGGAAGCAGGAGUAACGGGAAACCAGAAUACUACUUGCACGAUGCCGUUAAAACACAUCUAAUUCGAUGAUAGAAUUUGAAUAAAUUUCAAAUAACCGCAACCCCAUACUAAGAACAGCUGGGCGUGAUUUAAUUUAAACAAAACACUUAGCAAUCGUAACCCGAUAGAGACGUGCUCGUUAGUGGCAAAAAAUACACUGACACACAGAAAAAGAAAACCGAAACCAAACAUGCAACCCUGAUUAGACAGGCAACGGCUGGAUCAGCUCACUAAACAGCGACACAAACACACAAAAGAUAGACACUUAAUAGUACGAAAACCUUUAAUUGCAAAAGUUUUUUGCCGAGAUAUGCAAGCGUAGAAGAGUCUCAGUUAAGCCAGUUGUUAUAAUGAGUGAAUACAGUUGAACAAACAUUGACAGCAGCAGAGGAAAAGAAACGCUACAGAGACAGAAGUGAGAAACAUAGACCGAAAAAAAAACAAAACAAAACAAAACAAAAAGUAAUAAUAAAUAAUAACAAAAC